GUUAGACAUUAGUUUAAAAUGACUUCAAAAAGCUUAAUUGUAUUGUCUCUGUAUUUAAUUUUACAAUCUUCGUAUGGUGAUGAUGCUACCAAAGGAGUUCAAGAAACAUUUGGAUUAACACAGCCAAUACCAACCCUCAAAUUGUACCGUCUAGGACAGAAAAGCUAUUACCUGGGUAAUAUUUUUAAAGCUAACCUACUGCAAGCCGAGCAAUUCUGCAGAUACCAUGGUAUGAAUUUGGUGAAUAUAGAAUCAAAGGAAGAGAACGACUUUUUGCAAAAAAUAAUCAUUGAAACAGGAAUGGUCAAAGAUACUUCUGGUGAAUAUAUAUUUACCUCUUUCACAAGAAUACCUGACGGUGAGAAUUAUGUUUCUCUAACAAGUGGCAAAACACUUACCUAUUUCAACUGGCACGAAGGCCAACCAAAUGGUGGGACGGAAGAAUGUAUUGGUCUAUACUUAGAAAAAUCUGAAGUACAAUGGCAUGAUGUGUCCUGCUGGAGUAAAUAUUAUUUCAUUUGUGAAGUUGUUUGGACAAACAGAGAACAGGAAUUGUUGGAACUUUUAAAUAAUACGCUCCAACAGCAAAUUGGUAUCGUGGAUAAUAUUAGAAAACGCUUCCAGAAUUAAAAAUCGAUGAGAUAGAAGACGAAAACUGGGACAAUGAGGAAUAUCAUGAAACAUAUGUAUAUUCCUAACUUACAAAGAGACAUUGUUUUAACAAUUCCGGUGUCUAAAAAUAAAAAAUUUAAAAAACGGUUUAGAAUUAGUGAGGUAAAAAGACAUGCUGAGUUAAAUAAAAAUAAAAACUA